AUGAAGGCAACCAAAUUGAGUACCGCUGGAGAUGAAAACGUUCCGUUGCAAGCUUGCAGCAAGGCAGACUGUCGCGUAGUGGACAAAAUCAUCCCGAAGGCGAAGAGCAACCAGCUUGUAACCGCUCCCUUCAUAGAGGAAAAGGCGCAUGUGGACGGAGAUACAACAGUUUUCGAAGUUUCUGGAGAGAUGGCCAAAGUUAGCGACCUCCUCUCGCAGCCCCAAUCCUCGGGAGGAGUUCGGCCCAUUUAUCGGAUUAAGCCUGGAACGCAUGUGCACAUGGUCAAUUAUAUCGUAAUCGACGAUGACUUGAUGGAGAAAGUCAAAUCUGGAGAGCAGAAGUUGGAGCAAUUGAGCUUGAAGUAUAAGAGGGAAUGCGCCAUCACCGAGUUGCAGAAAAUGAUGGCCAAUCAACACGUCUCAGCACCAGCUCCUCCAAGAGCAUGUUCUUCCCAGGCUGUCGCAGAUCCUGUAGCAUCUUCUUCAGAACCUUCCCCAUCUGGCGUGCCUACCGUGGCUUGUCUGAUGGCGGAGCUGGAAGAGCUCCAACGUAAAGUAGCUGAGCUGCAGAAGAAAGAUACUCUCUAA